UCUCACGGGUAGACCUCACCUCCCCGCCGUGACCAACGAUGCCCAGAAUACGCACAACGAGGACGAAGAAGCCCCCGGAAGGCUUCGAAGAUAUUGAGAGCAUUCUCGAUGACUACGCGAAGAAGAUGAGAGACGCCGAAAACGAGUCUCAUGAGGGCAAACGCAAGGCCGAGUCCCUCUGGCCCAUAAUGCGUAUCUCACAUACCCGGUCGCGUUACAUCUAUGAGCUCUAUUACAAGCGCGAAGCUAUCACGAAGGAGCUUUACGACUGGCUCUUGAAGGAAGGAUACGCAGAUGCAAACCUGAUAGCCAAAUGGAAAAAGACAGGUUACGAGAAGUUGUGCUGCCUCAGAUGUAUCCAGACCAAGGACAUGAACUAUCAAGGCUCUACUUGUAUCUGUCGUGUCCCGAAAGCACAGGUACGGUCGGGUACAGUUGUCGAAUGCGUACAUUGUGGAUGCCGUGGCUGCAGCUCAGACUCCUAGGCAGGGGAGGUUCAUGUCAAGGCAUUCACCAAGCAAGCAGAACAUUAUAGCUAGACGUCUGUCUUAGAGGUGUCCACCCAAGUUUUGUCAGUCAAGGUACAUCAGGAGGACCGAUGGGGAAGUGUAGUUGCAGUGUCCGCGCCCUGAGGUCCAUUGCGUCCAUUUGCAUACAGUAACGGCUUUGCUCAGAAUGUUUGUUAUUUAGAUAUUGAAACGUACUUUGUAUUCGUGCAAUCAUUGUCGAGGUGUUCUCGCGAUCAACAACCAAGAAUGGGGCAUUUGAACAUUACAAGACUGUCGACAUGGUG